AUGGCGCAGGCUCGCAAGAUGCUGGCUUGCACGGAAAAGCAGAUGCCCGUGUCGGAAGCUUCCACCAGGUCCUCCAUCUCGACCACGUUUCUGGAGGCCCAGUCACGCCUGGGACGCACCGUGUGUCGGAGAGUGCCGCUCUUGUCCUGGUGUCGCGAGAUGUCAUGCAAGAGCGUUCGUGCAGACAUCAUUGCCGGGCUGACAGUCGGAGUCAUGGUCAUCCCGCAGAGUAUGUCUUACGCAAACAUCGCAGGACUCCCAUAUAUCUAUGGAAUGUAUGCGGCGUGUGUUCCGGCGCUGGUGUAUGCAAUCUUCGGCCAGUCGAGGCAGCUUGCCGUCGGGCCGGUGGCCAUGGUGUCACUCCUCAUCAACGCGGGUUUGAUGGCGCAGAUACACAGUGGCCCGUGUCCCGGCUGGGAUCCCCAUGCCGGCAGCAAAGGCCAACUCUCCGCGGAGGACGAGUUCUGCAAGAACGAGUAUGUGAAGUUGGCUGUUUUCACCUCUGCCGUGAUGGGGCUCAUGCAGAUUGCGGCCAUGAUCCUCAGGAUGGGCUUCCUGGUCACCUUCUUGGGCCACCCUGUGACCAGUGGCUUUACCAGCGGCGCAGCCAUCAUUAUCGGCCUGAGCCAGGUAAAGUACAUGCUAGGCAUCCACUUGGACAAGUCUCAGUACGUCUACGUGACUCUGAUCGACCUUGUGCGCAAGAUCGAGCACACCAAAUGGAUGACACUUCUUCUAGGAGUGCUCUCCCUGGCGUUCCUACUACUCGCCAAGGAGAUCUCCAAACGCAAACCGAGGUUCUCCUUGGUCGGGCCGCUGGCUCCCUUGUUCUGCUGUGCCGCUGGAACUCUUCUGCUGUGGCUGUGUGAGCCCCUGCGUGAGCAGUUCGAGGUGAGCUAUGUUGGCCAAGAGGGGCCGAUUCCUUCUGGCAUCUUCCCUGUGAGCUUGGAUGCCUGGGAUCCAUCAAAUUUUUUCAAGGUACUUCCCACUGCCCUUUCAUGUUGCCUCAUCGGUUACAUGGAGUCGAUCGCCAUCGGCAAGAACCUGGCUGCCAAGCACGGCUACGAGCUCGAAGCCGGCCAGGACAGGCCUACACUGCCAGAAACGCCUCGUCUGUGCGCGAGCACCUUCCUUGCUGGCUCCGGCCAAGUGAAGAGAAAUCCAUUCCACAUUGGCAGCGGAGGGUCUGAAAAGACGGGAAAGUUGCGCAAGUGUGACGGACUCCUCAUCUUCCCCAGCCAGCCGAUCGUCAGCUGUGGGGAGUCGAGGGCCUAA